UGCGGAACCACAUGGACCCCACUGGGCCUGUAGGGGAAGGAGCCCUCUGCUACCCCCAGGAGGGCUUGCCCUGCCCCUCAGCCAACUCUGAGCUGGUACAAGAGUGCCUGCAGCAAUUCAACGUGACGGGGGCACAGCUACGGCAGAUCCAAGCCCGCCUCCUGGGGUCCAUGGAGCGGGAGCUGAGCGGGCAGGCCAGCCCUGCACCUACUGUCCGGAUGCUGCCCACAUACGUGGGGUCCACCCCACAUGGCACUGAGCAGGGAGACUUUGUGGUGCUGGAGCUGGGAGCCACAGGGGCCUCACUGCGUGUUCUGUGGGUGACUCUGACGGGCAUCGAGGGGCACUGGAUGGAGCCCCGGAGCAAGGAGUUUGUGAUUCCCCAAGAGGUGAUGCUGGGUCCUGGUCAACAGCUCUUUGACUUUGCUGCUCGCUGCCUGUCUGAGUUCUUGGAUGCACUCCCUGUGAGCAAUCAGAGCCUGCAGCUUGGUUUCAACUUCUCCUUCCCUUGUCACCAGACAGGCCUGGACAGGAGCUCCCUCAUUUCCUGGACUAAAGGGUUUCGGUGCAGUGGAGUGGAAGGCCAGGAUGUGGUCCAAUUGCUUCGAGAAGCUAUCGAGAGGCAGGGGGCCUACAGCAUCGAUGUGGUUGCCGUGGUGAAUGACACAGUGGGCACCAUGAUGGGUUGUGAACCAGGGGCUGGGCCAUGUGAGGUCGGGCUCGUUGUAGACACUGGCACCAACGCCUGUUACAUGGAGGAGGCGCGGCAUGUGGCGGUGCUGGACGAGGACCGGGGCCGUGUCUGCGUCAGUAUUGAGUGGGGCUCCUUUGGUGAUGAUGGGGCCCUUGGGCCAGUGCUGACCACCUUUGACCAUGCCCUGGAUCAAGAGUCUUUAAAUCCUUGUGCCCAGAGGUUUGAGAAGAUGAUUGGGGGCCUGUACCUGGGUGAGCUUGUGCGGCUGGUGCUGGCUCACCUGGCCCAGCUCGGGGUCCUCUUUGGUGGCUGCACCUCCCCUGCCCUGCUGAAACGAGGAGGCAUACCCCUGGAGCAUGUGGCUGAGAUGGAGGACCCUUUGGCUGGGGCAGCCCGUGUACAUGCCAUCUUGCAGGACUUGGGCCUGAGCCCUAGGGCCUCGGACACUAAGCUCGUGCAGCACGUGUGUGUGGCUGUGUGCACGCGGGCUGCCCGGCUCUGCGCUGCUGCCCUGGCCGCCGUCCUCAACCGCCUCCAGCAUAGCCGGGAGCAGCAGACGCUUCAGAUUGCUGUGGCCACGGGGGGCCGAGUGUUUGAGCAACACCCCAGGUUCCUCAGCAUCCUGCAGGAGACGGUGAAGCUCCUGGCCCCUGAAUGUGAUGUUUCCUUCAUCCCCUCUGUGGACGGGGGUGGACGGGGUGUGGCAAUGGUGACGGCUGUGGCUGCCCGCCUUGCUGCCCACCGGCGCCUGCUGGAGGAGACCCUGAAGCCGUUCCGGUUGAAUCUUGAGCAGCUGGCAGCAGUGCAGGCACAGAUGCGGGAGGCCAUGGCCAAGGGGCUUCGAGGAGAGGUCUCCUCCCUCUGCAUGUUGCCCACUUAUGUCCGGGCCACCCCUGAUGGCAGUGAGCGUGGGGACUUCAUGGCACUGGACCUUGGGGGCACCAACUUCCGGGUCCUCCUGGUACGUGUGGCCACAGGAGGUGUGCAGAUCACCAAUCAGGUCUACUCCAUCCCCGAGUGUGUGGCCCAGGGUUCUGGACAAGAGCUCUUCGACCACAUCGUGGACUGUAUAGUGGACUUCCAGCAGAAGCAGGGCCUAAGCGGGCAGAGCUUCCCCUUAGGUUUUACCUUCUCCUUCCCGUGCAGGCAGCUUGGCCUGGACCAGGGCAUCCUCCUGAACUGGACGAAAGGUUUCAACGCAUCAGACUGCGAGGGCCAGGAUGUUGUGCAUCUGCUGCGGGAAGCCAUCGGGCGCAGACAGGCAAUGGAGCUGAAUGUGGUUGCCAUUGUCAAUGACACGGUGGGGACCAUGAUGUCCUGUGGCUACGAGGACCCCCGUUGCGAGGUCGGCCUCAUUGUCGGAACUGGCACCAAUGCCUGCUACAUGGAAGAGCUUCGGAACGUGGCGAGUGUGGCUGGGGACUCGGGCCACAUGUGCAUCAACAUGGAGUGGGGUGCCUUUGGGGAUGAUGGCUCUCUCGGCAUGCUCAGCACUUGCUUCGAUGCAAGUGUGGACCAGGCGUCCAUCAAUCCUGGCAAACAGAGGUUUGAGAAGAUGAUCAGUGGCAUGUACCUGGGGGAGAUCGUCCGACACAUCCUCUUGCAUUUGACCAGCCUUGGAGUUCUCUUCCGGGGUCAGCAGACUCAGCGCCUUCAGACCAGGGACAUUUUCAAGACCAAGUUUCUCUCUGAGAUUGAAAGUGACAGCCUGGCCCUGAGGCAGGUCCGAGCCAUCCUGGAGGAUCUGGGGCUGCCUCUGACCACAGAUGACGCUCUGAUGGUCCUGGAGGUGUGCCAGGCUGUGUCCCAGCGGGCCGCUCAGCUCUGUGGGGCAGGUGUGGCUGCUGUGGUGGAGAAGAUCCGUGAGAACCGGGGCCUAGAAGAGCUGACCAUAUCUGUGGGAGUGGAUGGGACCCUCUACAAGCUGCACCCCCACUUCUCCAGAUUGGUUGCGGCCACUGUGCGAGAGCUGGCCCCUCGCUGUACGGUCACCUUCCUGCAGUCAGAAGAUGGGUCGGGCAAAGGUGCAGCCCUGGUUACUGCUGUUGCCUGCCGCCUGGCCCAACUGACCCAUGUCUGAAGAAGUCCCCAGGAACCA